AUACUCUUUUCUAAGGAUAAAUACUUACUUGAUUUUUACAAGAACUGCAUAAAAAAUGAGGUUCUUGGAUCAUUGGGCAGGUGAAAGAGUUAAUUUUAUUAUAUAUGUUAAAAAGCACCAUAUAUGUUGACAUCACUGCCCAAUUUAUAGACAAAACAAAAUGCUGUCCAUCAUUUGGGGUUGUUUUCUAUCUCUUUUGGAGUGGUUUAUCCCACAAUAACACUUAGCAAAGUGUUUUAUUUCUCUUAUACCACAGCAAAUUGCUUAUCAAUACAAUAUUUAACAAAGUACAUGUUGUACAUUUCAACCAUUAAUAAUACAUUUAAUGUUGUGUACCCAGGAUAAAGAGGUUUAUCUUAUCAUUUAUUAUAACAGUUAUAAACAUAUAAAUAAUUCUUUGUUAAACAACAUUUGAUACUUUUAUCGCUGUAUUAAUCUUAAGACUAUGUGGAGCGCCAUACAAGUCAUUCCGAACUGACCUGUUACUAUUAAGGAUUAACAUACAUAUGGAAUUGACUGCAUUAUUACCAACCUGAGUUUGCGUUUAUGCCAGUACUACUGUGUGAGCCAGACAAAAAAAACAUUACAUAGGACCUGAGUUUUUCUAUGCAAUGAUUAUCAAGUAAUCUGCACGGAAUUGUGUUUGUCUCAAGUGACUAAAAAUGUAACUAUUUGAUACACAAUCAUUUCAUACAUUAACACAGAUAGAUGAUGCCUCUGAUUCUUUGACCAAAUGCAGGGGUCUACAGCUGCGGUGUUCUUUAAAUGAAUGGAAUACACAAGUCGGUUGAUGAAGCCCCCGUGAACUGUAGUCAUGAAACCAGCACUGUGAAGUCUGUGGAACAGAAUAUUUGCAGGUGGCUUAUACAUGAGGCUGGGACUGAGAAUUUGGUCUCACUGUCACACAGCAUUUUAAUGCAACAUGAACAUUCCAUAUUGUUUUGUUACUAUUGUAACAUGGACUACAGUGGAAACCUCACCAGUCUUUUCCCUUUGUCUAUAUGUACAUGGAAAAAAUAAAACGACUAGUAAUGUAUUCAUGCUUCAAAUUACAGCACCAGUGUUGUUUUGUAACAGAACAGUUAGUCCCCUAUAGCUGUGCAGAUCUAUAAAAGCUUAGGAAACAGAAUCUCUCUACCAGACAUCAUGGGAAAGAUUAUUUUUUACGAGGACAGAAAUUUCCAAGGCCGUAUUUAUGCGUGCAGCAGCGACUGCACAGAUCUACACUCCUAUUUUAACCACUGCAACUCCAUCAGAGUGGAGAGUGGUUGCUUCAUGAUUUAUGAAAAGCCAAAUUACGUAGGUCACCAGUAUUUUAUGAAAAAAGGUGACUAUCCUGAUUUACACAGUUGGAUGGGUGUCAGCACUAGUAUCAGAUCCUGUUGCAUAAUUCCACCGUACACUGGCUUAUACAGAUUAAGACUCUAUGAAAAGCCUGACUUUAAUGGUCACAUGAUGGAGUUCGGGGACGAUUGUACCUGUGUUUCGGACCGUUUCCAUCACCGCCAUGUUUACUCCUGUAAAGUAAAGAAUGGCUACUGGAUCUUCUAUGAGUAUCCCAAUUACAAAGGCAGGCAGUACUUCCUGAAACCUGGAGACUAUAGGAGAUAUCGUGACUGGGGUGCUACGUGUUCCAUUGUAGGCUCUUUCAGACGCAUCACUGAUUUCUAAGUACUGUUCUUUCUAUUAAAGAGUAAACUUUCCUUCACAGAAAUCCAUGUUAUGACUUUUGAAUCCAUGUUUGAUUUUCUACAAAUACAGUACAACUGUAACUGUAGAUAAGUGGUGCAUUAUCUUGAUCAUACUCAUCUUUCUUUGAAACUGUAAUGUUAACAAUAAAAAUGUGCUCAUUGGAACAAUAUAAAUUAUACUUAUAUUUGAUAUAAUUAUAGCAAACAGCAAAUGAAUUGAUGGUAAGACAAAAUAAAAAUUUCCAAAUUGUUGCUGCAAAAGAAAGUUGCUGUUUUAGUUUUUAUUCAUAAAUUUGCAUUC